AACGCACCAAAUGUCAAAUUAUUUAUCAUUUGCUUAAAUUAAAUUUAACUUUCGGUUGUAAAAGGACAAGGGCAAUGGCUGUGAACGUUUACUUUACUAGUGGUACCGCUGCGAACUUGUCCAGGCACGACAUGCUCGCGUGGGUGAACACCUCCUUGAAGACCAACUUCGUGAAGAUCGAGGAGAUGUGCACCGGCGCUCACUAUUGCUUAUUCAUGAACAUCUUAUUUCCCGGGUACGUACCGAUGGCGAGGGUCAAGUUUGGCGCCUAUCUGGAGCACGAGUUCAUCCACAACUUCAAAAUAUUGCAAGCCGUUUUCAAGAAGCUGAACGUGGACAAGAUCGUGCCCAUCGAUCGACUGAUCAAGGGCCGAUUUCAGGACAACUUCGAGUUCUUGCAGUGGUUCAAGAAGUUCCACGACGCCAACAAAGGUCGCAUACCGAACGACGGCGACGCCGUCAGGGACACCAGUUCAGCUUCGGUCAGCAUCAGGGGGGAGUACUUGUCAAAGACGGAGGGUCUGAGGAGUCAGAUCGAAGACAUGAAAGUGACCAUCGAAGGCUUGGAGAAGGAGAGAGACUUUUUCUCGCGCAAGCUCAGGAGCAUCGAAGCUUUGUGUCAGGAUGCUGAUGAGACUUGUCCGUUCAUACAGAAGAUCCUGGACAUUUUGUACGAGAUAGAGGACGGGUUCGUCGUACCUGGUGACAACAAAGACAGCGACACCGAAGGAGCAGUCGAAGGAAUUGGGGAAGGAGAUGAAUUUUAAAGUAAACAGUGUGGCCCUGUCAAAAAAUUUAUCAGUCUCAAAAUUAUCAUGUCACAAAGGUUUACACUUUUAAAAUAUAAUUUUAUGUAUUUCUAACAUUUAAAUACCUAGUAAAUAAAAUUGUGAAUAACUUUUGCA